CCAAUGCUUCAGAACCCUCUCUGUUUCAUCCAAAAAAUUUUCUAAAAUUUUUGCCAGACAUGGCUUCUUCUUCUUCUUCUCCUUCUUCUUCAUCACCAACAUCUCGGAGUCGUCGAAGAUCAAUUACCACAGUUGAUGCCAUAUCAUGGUAUUUCGCCGCCUUAAUACUGGCGUUGAUAUUGGUGGGCUCCUUGAGAGCCAAUUCUCAGGCGGACGAGCAGCCCGUAAGAGGCGCCCAGCUCCUCAACCGUCCCUGUGAUGAAAUCUACAUCGUCGGAGAAGGCGAGACCCUCCACACCAUCAGCGAUAAGUGCGGCGACCCUUUUAUUGUGGAGCGAAACCCGCAUAUCCAUGACCCGGAUGACGUUUUUCCAGGUCUUGUCAUCAAGAUCAUUCCUGAAACUCCUAGAAAGUUCUAGAAAAGUAGCUAUAGAAAUAGAACAUCGGAAUUCAUAGUUCAGAUAUACAUGUUCAUCAUAAUAGGAUUGUUCCUAAAAGAGAAAAACAAAGAAAAAGAGAAAAGUAAAAAUAAAGGAGAUAUAUAGUUGAAGUAUUUUUAUCUUUCUUUUUUUUUUUUUUCAAUCUAUUAUCUUUCCUUUUCUUUUCUUUUUUUUCCAUGGCCUCGAUUUGAUACUAAAUUCCAUGAUAGCUU